CCACAUCCCAAAGCUCUACCUCUCACCACCUUCCUACCGCUCACACACCGCUCACACACACACACACUCUCUCUCUCUCUUCCACACAAAGCCGAAAGCCAUAAUGGACGUAUCAACACUCUUCUCGGUCAAAGACAAGGUCGUCCUUGUCACCGGCGGCGCAAAGGGUAUUGGCUACAUGAUCUCGUCCGGGUACGUAGCCAACGGCGCACGGGUGUACAUCUCAUCCCGUGACGUCAAGUCCUGCGAGAAGGCCGCCGCCGAACUCACCGCCAAAGGUCCCGGUAAAGCAUUCGCGAUCCCGGCGGACCUCCAAAAGCUCGAGCACGUUCAGAACCUAGUGCGCUCGCUCAGCGCGCGCGAGAAGAAGCUCCACGUUCUUGUCAACAACUCCGGCGCGAACUGGGGCGAGUCGUACGAUAGCUACCCCGACGACGCGUGGACGAAGCUGUUGACGCUGAACCUGCAGCGCGUGUUUACGCUGACGCAGCUGUGCACGCCGCUGCUGGAGGCGGCGUCGACCGGCGCCGGGGGCGUCGACCCCGCUAGGGUCAUACACAUCGGGAGUAUCGAUGGCAUUCGCGUGCCGUCGCUCGAGACGUUCGCUUACUCCACUAGUAAGGCUGGGUUGCAUCACUUGAGUAAGGUGCUGUCGGCGCAUUUGGGCCCAAGGGGGAUCACGAGUAAUGUUUUGGCUUGUGGGCCGUUCGAGAGCAAGAUGAUGAAGGUGACGCUCGAGAAGUUUAGAGAUACCAUUGAAGAGGGGGUUCCGUUGAAGAGGAUCGGGACGCCGGAGGAUGUGGCGGGUGCGUGUCUGUUCCUCAGCUCGAGGGCGGGGGCGUAUAUCAAUGGCUCGGUUAUCACGGUCGAUGGGGGGAGUCAUUGUUCUGCUAAGUUGUAAGGAUACCAUGUCUUUACAUGUUACUUGUCUCUUGCAGAAUGAAAAUGAAUGAGCCAGUUAAAACUGGGUAUUGUGGAAUUCGGGGCCGACCCGAUGCGGUCGCCUCAACGUUGAAAUGUUCUCUGUUACUACUUUUGUGUUCGUCUAGUCGGUCGAUCUGGCGUUCAACACACAACACACGAGACAUUAGGCACAAGAC